CAAAUAAUCCUUUUGCCCCUUUUGGCAAUUAAAAUUAAAAAAUGUGGAAAAGAAUUCUAUAAAUCAACUCGAGGACCACUUCGUUAAAAACUUCUCUAAAACCCAUUAUUUCCAUUUCUUCAAUAAUUUGUGAGUUAUGGCAGGAAGGUGGAAUCUUGAAGGCUGCACUGCCCUUGUUACUGGUGGCUCUCGAGGCAUAGGGUAUGGGAUCGUAGAGGAACUAGCAGGUCUUGGAGCAUCAGUUUAUACAUGUUCACGUAAUCAAAAGGAGCUUAAUGAGUGCUUGACUCAAUGGAGAAGUAAAGGUUUUAAAGUUGAAGCAUCUGUUUGUGAUUUAUCAUCAAGAACUGAACGAGAGGAGUUUAUGAAGACUGUCGCCAAUCAUUUCGAUGGCAAGCUCAAUAUUUUGGUAAAUAAUGCUGGUAUUGUCAUAUACAAAGAAGCUAAAGAUUACACUAUGGAAGAUUACUCUCUGAUCAUGAGCAUCAACUUUGAGGCUGCUUACCAUUUGUCUGUACUUGCACAUCCCUUAUUAAAGGCAUCAGAAAGGGGAAAUGUUGUCUUUAUUUCUUCUAUUUCUGGUGCUUCUGCACUUCCAUAUGAGGCUGUUUAUGGAGCAACCAAAGGAGCAAUGGAUGAACUCACAAGAUGCUUAGCGUUUGAGUGGGCAAAGGACCAUAUUCGUGUCAACGGUGUUGGACCAGGGGUUAUUGCAACUUCUCUUGUCGAAAUGACAAUAAUUUGUUUGUUGCAGCAAGAUCCAGAGCAAAAAGAAAACUUGGAUAAGUUGAUUGAUAGAUGUGCGCUCCGUCGAAUGGGAGAGCCCAAAGAACUUGCAGCAGUGGUUGCAUUUCUUUGUUUUCCUGCUGCUUCAUAUGUCACAGGCCAAAUUAUAUAUGUUGAUGGUGGCUUUAUGGCUAAUGGUGGUUUUUAAUCAUCCUUCAAUUUGCCUUUACUUUUGUAAAUUAUCAAAUAAGGGAAAGAAUUGAACUUCC